AUGGCCGCCAACGAUGCCUUCGAUGACCUGCUCAACCUGGAGGAGCAGUUCUACUCAGAGGGCUACCAGCAGGGCGUGGCAGACGGCGACCGCGCGGGGCGCAUCGAGGGCCGCGCCUUUGGCAUGGAGAAGGGCUUCGAGAAGUUUGUCGAGGCGGGCAGGCUGCACGGCAGGUCCAUCGUCUGGGCCAACAGGUUGCCGCGGGCUCAACAGCAGGACUGCAGGCAGCAGGCGCUUCCUGUCCUGGGUGGCGGCGGCGCGAGGCUGGAGAAGAACAUCGUCAUGCUGCACGCGCUCGUCGAGCCUGAUACCCUGUCCACGGAGAACUCGGACGGUGCUGUUAAUGAUUUUGACGACCGGGUCAAGAGGGCCCAGGGCAAGGCGAGGGUCAUCGAGAGGCAUGUCGGGGAGGAUGCCAGCCUUGAUGCUGCCGCUGCGCCCAACGACGACAGUCUUGCCAAGGCUACUACCACUGGUGGCAACCAGGCCUCGCCGCCGGCUGGUUCGACGUCCAAGGAAGCCGUGAGCUUUUGA